GAUGAAGAAGAAGAAGAAGAAGCUGUUCCUGCUGCUCUGUUCCUGCUUGAGUGACAGCCUGCCCAGCCCUCGCGACAAAUGCCCGAAAGUGCUGCAGUCAGUCAAACCCCGUCCAACGUCGGAGAGUCGGUGGCGCAUGAACAGGACGCUUCCAAGAAGGAGCACGUCAGCCAGGGUGGAUCCGUGGUUCCUGAAGACAGCGUCCACAUCACGCCGCCCCGCCACGUCCCUCUUUAUUACACGUGGUGUGUGUGCUGCUCCUGCUUCGCCCUUUUCAUCGUUCCCGUGAGUUUCACAGGCCUGGCCAUCGUCAAUAGAGGGAAAAACUUCAGCACCCUUCCACCAGGCGUCGGGGACGGCGACAUCCCUGAAGGCGAGGAGGAAUGCACUGAUUACGGUGCUGUGGACGCUCUAUACAUGGGCAGAACCAUUCAGCACAAAGGCACAGUCUUCUGCGUAUACAACGCCGAGACUUACAGGGCCAAACCCCCAGGCGUCCAUUACGUGCCGAUGAUGAUUCCCGGCGCCUAUUGCGACCACUUGCUCUAUUAUUCCGCGACGUUCGAUGGGAACUCGGGAGAAUUGAAGAGCCGCUUCCUGGAGACUGAUUUCCACUGCGGGGGCUACGAGUCCCUGAUCAAGGUCAAGGAACGCUUCAUCAAUCUUAAAACUCAUCUCGUCGUGGGAGGUGCGCAGUCUCGGUUUGAAAACCUCACUCUGGCUGCGUUGCCCUUGUUCGCUAAGAGCGUCCAACGCUGGCUGGACCGCUACCAUCUAGACGGUGUUUUCAUUGACUGGGGGUUCCCGGACGCCGGCGCAGAUACCACCCGACUCUUCAAAAGGCUCCGCGUCAUAUUGGGCACAGAAAAGCAGAUUGGAGUCAUUCUUCCCGAAGAGGAUCAGUACCUAAAUGAGUACAACGUUACAGAACUCGUGCCCAUCGUCGACUGGAUGUUUGCCACGACGCACGAGUAUUUUCCCCGGCCAGGCUACAACCGGACGUCGUGCCCGAGCCCUCUGCGGGGCAACACCGGCACCAUUGAAGGCAGAAUGCAGCACUAUUUCGGCCUUCUCGGAAACUACCUCAGCGAGAAGAACUUCUGCUUCUCAAUAUCGUUUCGCGCAGUGUUGAACGUUCUCGACCCGCCCAACCAGCGCGACCCGCAGAGUUUCAUCGAGCGCAACGAGACGGUGGAAAACAUGCCCGUGCCUUACACGACCACUUGCACGUACGAGCCAACGUCGAAGAAGAACACCAUCGCCAUGUGCGCCUACACAUUUCCCGACAGUACCACAUAUCUGGGGUUCGAAACUGUGUGGUCUAUUGAGGAGAAGAUGAAGAGCAUCAUUGGUAUGUUGGCGGGGCAGAUGAACAUCAGGGAGGAAGACGGCUCGUAUUGCGUCGCGGUGUGGAGGAUCGACAUGGACGAUAUCACGGGGACCUGUAAGGGACUCAAGUAUCCGUUGCUGGACAUGGUUGUAAACACCUUGCCCAAGGCGAAGAGACAAUAUCUCUACGUGUUUUAGCUGUACGCAAGAAACAGUUGCACCGCUCCGUUAGACUAGUGACUACCUGCGGCGUCACAUACGAAAAGAAUGGUUACUAAAACUGACAGAUAAUUCCUAAGCAUACCCAGUUCUUUUCUGUGUGUUGUCUGUCUCCUUGUAGCAGCGCCACCGCAUAUCCAGUGCAAAUUUUCUGUCUGUUGUCUGUCUCCGUGUCUCGGGCACCGUCCUUUUCUAGUCGUGCACCAGCUUGUCGACGCCCUGCUACUCUUUUCAAUCAAAUUCUGUGCUUUUUAUUUCGCGAUAUGUGUUACGAGCGGAGGAGGGAUGGACUUAACGGGACUAUCAGAAUUAUCUCAUGAAGUUAAGAGCGCUGAUGUUACUGUUCGUCCCUCUUUUCAUAAAGUGAACUUGCGGUUUGUGGCUAGCAACAUAGCACGACGUCCUGGGCUUCAGGCUAUAACCAUGUAUAGGGGGCGUGAAAUGUUCGGGGGCGGAGACUGGAGGAGUAGAAGAAAGGAUGUAGCUUGACGCCAUGAGCCGUGGUGCUGACUAGCUGACGAUCGACGUGUUCCAGGGUGGGCUGCUACGGCACCUUCGGAUCAAGUCCCACUCACUUGCCGCCUGCAAGAACUUUCGAUCUUACAUUCUCCCGCAAGCCGGAAGGUCACGUGGUUUUCAUUAUGCCGAGAGGAAGGACUGUCCCAUCUGGACCGACUAUGGGUGCCCCUGUAAUUCGCGCACGUGCACCGCGGGCUGUAAUUUCGCUGCGACCAACUGUCCCCGACCGUAAUACCGCCGCAUCUGAUGUCAUCUUCGCUGUCUCCCAUAAAAAGGAUCCCCCACCGAAAAGCCACGUGGGUGAGUUCAGCCAGGCGAGCCCUAAUGAUCCGGAGGGAGUCCUUGUAAUCCCCUACGCUCCGCGGAGUCUUCCUACUUCCCCCCCUCACGCUGCUCAGCUCUUGAUUGGGAGAGGCGUUUCCACCCCGAUGUGUAGUAUAUUCGCGCUUGAACGAGGUUGGAGCACGCGGGCAUUGGAAUUUCGGCAGCCGUGCCUGGAUUUGGAAAGUGUCGGAUGUCUAAUGGUUGACUAAUGAUGGGCUUGGAACUCGAUGCUUUCGGAUUGUACGAUGCCCCCUGUGCUCGAAAGCGCUCGGAAACCUCUGAUCCGGUGCAAACAUUGUGAGGUUGUAACGUCGCUGACUACAGAAAAGGGUUGACAGAGGGACAAAUUUUGGAUUAGACUUAGUUCGAACAUGCCACGAGAGAGAUGCUUGCAGGAAAAACAAAUGUUGCCAUCAGACAUCACUACGUCGGAGAUGUUCCAGAGCUUUUUCGAUCAGAUGUUUAACACGUGGAAUGGUCGGUGCCCCUGUCUACCUCGUACAUCUGCUACAUAUAAGAAAAUUGAUGCAUAUGGGAUAUAAACUACUUUCAAUACA